AUACCGUUCUAAGCCUGUAAUGCACACAUCUCCUUUCCAACAAAGAUUGUGAAAGUAAAGAAUGACAUAAUUUAGCAUUGACACUACUCCCCUAUAUAACAUCCUAAGCCACCCCUCUCUAUCACACACACUUUCUUUAUUUCAUUGUUACAAGUUUAAGGUUUACAAAUCAUGGAUCGAAAGACCGCCCUCCUCACGGCCCUCAUCUGCAUUGUCUUUGCUUCCGUCGGCGGUCAGUCACCAUCCUCGUCCCCCACUGCCACCCCUACUCCACCUACUACCACCACUCCACCACCCACUCCCACCCCUCCUGCCACUUCCCCACCCCCAACUGUUUCAUCUCCACCACCAGUCUCCUCUCCUCCACCAGUAAGCUCACCACCACCCGUAGCAACCCCUCCACCAGUAUCAACCCCUCCACCAGUAGCAACACCACCACCAGCAUCCCCUCCCCCGGUGGCAACCCCACCACCAGCAUCCCCUCCACCAGUGGCUACCCCACCACCAGCCACACCUCCACCUGUUGCAACACCACCACCAGCAACUCCUCCACCUGUAGCAACACCACCACCAGCUGUCCCACCACCAGCACCUGUCCCAGUCUCUUCUCCUGCCGUCACUCCAUCGGUGGCUCCAUCUCCGUUAACUUUGGGCCCACCAUUGCCUCCUACAGGAUCACCAACUCCGUCAGUCACCACCCCUAGUGUAUCUCCGGCUCCAUCAACCGCUACUGAUGUGAGUGGUGUUGAGAAGAUGGGAUCGGUAGUUGGAAUGUGGUUGGUUUCUGGAUCGGCUCUUGCUUCCUUGCUGCUACUCUAGAGAUCCGGGACAGGAUAUCUUUCAUUGUAUUCUCAAGUGAAUUUAGUUGGAUUCUUUUGUGUUGGUGUUUGGAGAGAAUUUUUAUUAUUGUUAUUACUUAUUAUUAUUAAUAUUAUUAUUAUUGGUUUUUCA